AUGGAAUUGCCAGCAGUGCAAGGUUCAUCUUUACCUGAGAGCGUCUGCGGAAAGGAUGAACGAGUGCAAGUAGAUCCAAUGACCUCUUCUCCAUACAAAUGGAUUUGCUCUCUGUUAAUAGAGAGCGCCAAUGGUGGGAUAUCUAGAGGUAGUGGAUUCAAGAUCCAUCUCCCUGACGUCGAUCGUACAGCUGUUGUCACUAGCGGCCACUGCACGUACAUGUAUGAGGAGAGAGCGUACGCUACCAAGAUCACCGUGACAUUCCCAGGACAGCGACCGGUUAACGUUGGAGCAAACGACAUCUAUGCAUCACCCGAGUACAUCAACACAGGCGAUAGAGACCACGGCUAUGGCCUUAUUCUCCUUCCAGGGACUUCUGACGAUGGCUUCGGUUGGUCAGCGAUCAUACCGGAUGAAAAGCUAAACAACCGCAUGGUAACCAACUGUGGGUAUCCAUGUGACAAGCCAGCAGGAACCAUGUGGAUUACAGGAGGGGUAAUCGCGAGCCACAUAGCCAACAGGAUUUACUACAUGAAUGAUCCAAUGGGCGGACAAAGUGGCAGCCCAUUCUACACCUGGUACGGUGAUUAUUGGACUGUUCUCGCGAUUCACAGCUAUGGUGGAUGUCAUAACUUCGCUCCACGAUUCACACGCGAGAUGAUUUCCCGUUUUCUGAAACGAAUGAAUGGCCUGAAGAAAAAAACGCUGAGGUCUGUAGGAUUCCCCGAUGUCUACCUUCGAUGUGACGGCACAAGAGUAACUCAAUGGGAAGAAGCUGGAGGCGGUACUGUGAACUGCCAGUACAAGCCACCAUCGCUUUGGGAAAGCUUUUACAUAUACCCUGUUGAAAUGGCUCCUUCAUUAGCCCUCCAAACAACCUACAAGGUGGUGAUAGAAAGUGCACAUUUCCGGCAGGUGUUUAUUCGCAUGGACAGCCAGGGUAUGAAACAAUGUAUGGACCCUGGAGGAGGUGAAGUAAAUUGCCAGUUUACUGCGAACGCCUAA